UCUGUCCUAGGUCUCCUCCAUUGUUAGAGCGAAGCUUAGUGCAAAUUGGAGGAACAACAUCUCAUAUUUCGCUUUGGCAGCUUACAACCCAGUGAUAUGAAAAUUGAUUUCUCUAACCCCGGCAUUCCCUUUCUCUCCAUCCCCCCUCCACCCAAGUCACACCAGGUUCUCAUUUUCACCCACGAAAUAGAUAACAAUGGCCUAUUUCCUUUUUCUUUGUAUUUUUUUUGCAUAUCUUUUAUUCAUUUUCCUUACCUCUCUACAUCACCAUCUAUAUCUCUCGUUUCCCUUUUCCCUGCCUGAAGUAGGGUGUCGACCCGAAACAUCACCCGUUCCUUCUCUCCAGAGAUGCUGCCUGUCCUGCUAAGUUAUUCCAGCUUUUUGUGUCUAUCUUCGGUUUAAACCAGCAUCUGCAGUUCCUUCCUACACUUUGGUACUUUGGGCCUAUAGGGGGAGAUGUUUCUAAAGGUUUUCAAAGAUUUGAAUUGGCAUCAUUUGUGACACAAGUCUGCUUUCAUUACUUCAAUGCUCUUGAUACCUUCAAUAAGAAAACAAAUCAGAAGGAGCUGCCUGUCUCCCAACUGAUCACAGGAAGAGAGAACUACAAGAUUUACUUAAACUGAACAGCGGGAUAAGAAUGUUAUAAUACAUUUUAAUAAACCAUGUCUCGACAAUCAAGUAAAAGAACAGAAAAGCCAAAAAUAGAUUGGCAUUUGCCACCUUCGUCAUCUACAGGCUCAGCACAUCACAUGGGCAUUGAACUUUUUGUACUCACAUAUGGAACUGUUGUAGCACAGCUGUGCAAAGACUAUGAAAAUGAUGAGGAUAUCAAUAAAGAGCUCGAUAAAAUGGGACAAAAUAUAGGCUCAAGGCUGGUGGAAGAUUUUCUUGCUCGCUCAAGCAUCACGCAAUGCCGUAAUUUUCGUGAAACAGCAGAUGUCAUUGCAAAGAUUGCUUUCAAGAUGUAUCUUGGGGUGACUGCGAGAGUGACUUUUUGGACUCUAGCCGGAGAUGACUGCUCAAUAUUCUUGGAGAAGAAUCCACUGAUGGACUAUGCGGAAGUACCCAACAAGCACUCCUCUCUGCUCUACUCCAAUAUGAUUUGUGGGAUCCUGAGAGGGGCACUGAAAAUGGUUCGUCUGCAGGUCGAUGUCCAACUUCUUCAGGACACAGGGAAAGAUAACAAGAUAACUGAAAUAAGAAUGAGGCUCCUGAGAAGACGCAAAGUGGCUCUUGCUGUUGAGAAACAGAAUGAAUAAUACUUCAAAGAGCCAAGCUCUUUCAGAUAUUUGUCGCUGCACUCAUUUUGUAAUUUGAAAUAGAUAACUGUUGAAGGAAGGUUAUAACUGCAAUGGAUGAAGAAUAAUAACCAUUAUAUCCUGGUGAUUCCUAAUUUAUGAUGUAAAUAACACUGAAAAAUGUUAGAUAUUAAAAACUUGAGCCAUUAAUGCUGCAUGAAUUAAAGCAUAAUUAUUAUUAAUAGUGUAACCAACAAAUCAUUAUUAAUUUGAAAUAAAUGUUAGUGUGCUUUAAUAUGAUUGUAGGAUAACAGUAUUAACUGAAUACCAACAGAAUGUACAGUCCAAUUAAUUUAUAGUACUAAUAUUAAAAUGAUAGAACUGUAAUGCAUAGGACUAUAAUAUAAAUACAAAAACACUUAAAAUGUUAUUACUAUUUAUACUUAAUAAUUAAUAAAUGAAUCAACUUUAACCAAAAACCAUUGUUAAUUGUUUUUGCUCAGGGAAGUGGGACUUGACCUUACAGGUGGGUUCCCCUCCCCUUCUAGCUGCCAUUGCACCUCAAGGUCCAUUGAUGGACCUUGAAAUUGGAUACAUCCCGAUGGACCAGUGAUGUGAUGUUGAGCAGUUAACGGCUUGCCCCUCCCGUACAUUGUCUCAGUGAGGUUGACCUUGAGAAGGUUGUGCUUUGAGAGUUGGACAAUGUGGAGCUGUCUGGCACUUGGUCUUCCUUUGCUGUGGAGUUAGGAGCAACUACA